CAAGCGGAUACAACUCGGCUGAGUUAUUUUGUCUUUCUUCACACAAUUUGGCUUCUCCAACUUUAGAGUUUAUUGCUCAAAUUCUUUGGAUAUAUGGAAUAACUAAAACUGUGGCUACCAUGACAACAGAGGCAAGCGCUGUGAGUGAGGCAGACACCGAGGGCAAGCAGAAGACCAGCAGUGCAGCCCUUGAACCUGAGCCAGAGAAUAAGCAGAAGCAGGAAGCAGCAACAUCUGAGCAGGAGGGGGAGCAGCCGAGCAAAAAGGCCCAGGAGCAGGUUGCUGAACCUGGGCCUGCGGAUGCAGCUACCUCCCCAGAGGAGGAGCAGCUGAAGCCUCGUACCAGGACCUCUGCUGGCAAAGGCCUCUCUCGUCUGUUCUCUUCUUUCCUGAAACGUCGCUCGCAGUGCUCUGAGGGCGAGGGGUUCGAGGCAGAGAAAGCCAGGGAAGAAAAAUCAGACAAAGAGGAGAAAGCUGAAAAGGCAGAAGAAGAGAAAGUGGAAGAGGUGAAAAGUGAAGAAAAGGAGACUAAAGCCGUGGAGGAGAAAUCAGAUGUCAAAGAAGUUAAAAAGACAGAAGAAGAGAAAAUAGAGCAGAUAGAAGAAAAAAAGAAAGUGGAAGAAAAAGUUGAAAAGAAGGGCAGUAAAAAGAAAAAAAAAGAAGCAAAGAAAAAAGCCGAGGAAAAGAAUGAGGAGAAAGUGAAAAAGGACGAGACAAAAAAAGAGGAAGAAAAGCCAGAAAAGAUAGAAGAGGAGAAGGAGGAAGAGAAGACAAAACUGGCUGUAGAAAAGGAGGAGGCAAAACCAGAGACAAAAGAAGAAAAGAAGGAGGUUAAAGAGAAAGCGACAGAGGCUGGAAAGAAAGAGGAAGAAAAAGUUGAUAAGAAGUUGGCAAAGAAAAAAGAAAAAGAGGAAAAGGUGAAGAAGAGGGAAGAGGAAAAAGCAAAAAGGAAAACAGAGGAGGAAGAAAGGGUCCUGCUCCAGAGGAACAGAAGGAAGAAUCUGAGAUAA